CUAUCAUGGCCUAUGACAUGACGUGACCUGACGUGACGUGACCUGACCUAUAUUUACUGCACGACUCGUUGAUCUAAAGUCCAUCGAGUUUACGGAUUCCAGGUGACAACAGGAGAAUGGGUCGUUUGGAUGGGAAAACUGUGGUGCUGACUGCUGCAGCACAGGGUAUUGGACGAGCAACAGCAGAGUUGUUUGCAAAAGAGGGUGCCAGAGUUAUAGCUACAGACAUCAAUGUUGAUAAACUGAAAGAACUUGAUGCAAUUCCAGGUAUAGAAACACACGUGCUGGAUGUCACCAAGAAUGCCGAUGUGGAGAGUUUUGCAUCAAAGAUAGACAGGAUCGACAUUUUGUUUAACUGUGCUGGCUAUGUUGCUAAUGGUACAAUUCUGGACUGUGAGGAAAAGGACUGGGAUUUCAGUUUUGAUAUCAACGUGAAGAGCAUGUAUAGAAUGUGUCGACAGUUUAUUCCAAAGAUGAUCAGCCAGAAUGCAGGAAGUGUAAUCAAUAUGUCAUCUGUUGCAUCCAGUAUUAAGGGUGCCGCUAACAGAUUUGUGUAUGGUGUUACAAAGGCUGCUGUGAUAGGCUUUACAAAAUCGCUGGCUGUAGACUUUGUAAAACACAACAUCCGUGCCAACAGCAUUUGUCCAGGUACAGUAGAAACACCAUCUCUGGAUGAAAGAUUAGCAUCCUUGCCAAAUCCUGAACAGGCUAGGAAGGAUUUCAUAGCCCGUCAAAAAAUGGGUCGAUUUGGAACAGCAGAGGAAAUUGCUCAUCUGGUUCUGUACUUGGCAUCUGAUGAGUCCGCAUUCAUCACUGGUCAAGAAUUUGUCAUCGAUGGAGGUUGGAGUUUGUAAUUGAGUUGACAGCAUUGUGUGUAAUUAUCACUACAGAGGAGUAUCUUGAAGAAUGUAAUUACAGGAAUCUAAAUCUGAAUGAAUGAAUGAAUAAAUGAUUACCCGGUAUUAUAUAUGCAGAUGGCAAUAGUAAAAUUGUGUGCUGGUGGAGGCCUUCUUAAGACUGUAUCAUUCAUUCAGUACAAAAAUAAACAGUGUCUUUUCUUUAACAUGUAUUCCGGAAUUACUAAAUUACCUGUAAUUAAAUAAUUAUAUGUAUGCAAUGAACUUCAACAUAUUACGUAGGCUAUUUUCAUUCCACAACAAAUGUGAAUGAAUCCAUAUUAGGUUUUUAUGUUGGUUCUCAAAAAGGUAUGAAUAAAAACAAAUUUAAUUUUGAGUAAAAUUUACGGUAAAUCAUGAAAAUAAUGUGUCAAGAUAUUGUUACCUUGUGACAGGUACACAAUACACACUAAACUGUGAAUUUUUAUUAAUGCAUCUGGUAAAUGCAUAUUUAAAAGAUCACACCGCAAACAAGAAAUUCCAUGUUAUUUUCAAUAAAUUCGUAGGCAGAUUUUAUACUGUACCGCUUAUGGGAAGUAUACAAUCAUUGUCCAAUUAUUAAUUAUUGUAUCUAAUUCCAAGGAAUACUUAUCAGAGAUGCUUACCACAAAAUGAAAACAAUUUUGUUGUUAAUGUAAAAAAUCCCAUCAUUUUGGCUUUGUACACAAUAAAUAUUAGAUUUGGGCUGAAAUAAUAUUAGUGUGUAUCGUUGUUGUUUUUUGCAUAAGUGUAUGCAGAUAGUAUUUUACCUUACCAUGAUUUAAAUGUAAAGUGUUAUACUAUCUGAAAUAAAAAUAAAAUGAUACAUACAAAAUUUUAGCUACUACAAAACAGAAUGGUCAGAAAUGUUUUGCAUUGAUAUUUAUAUUAAUCGCAAAAAUAUGUAGACUAAGAAAUGUGUAAGUUUUAAUUUUUUAUAGAGAUUAUAGACUAGCUAAGCCAACAUCAUGAUAAGAUAGCUACAAACUCAGGAUGGUCCCUUCGAUAAAAACUCAUGAGGCAAUAAUAAUGUACCUAAAUUGUUGGAAGAAAAGCUGCUGCUACUAUUAGAAAAUUAACAAAGGUAAAAAGAGCAAGGAAUGGGCUGAAAUAAUUAAAAUGGUGAAGUGAAAAGAAGCACAUUAAUCUUUGUUUCAGAAAUACCAGAUUGUAAAUGAAGUUGUAGCUGACUGUUAUUGUGAUACAAAUAAUAUGAUUAAUAGUGAAGAGUAAAUACUUUGUUUGUUUUGUUUAAUGGCACCACUAGAGCACAUUGAUUUAUUAAUCAUCGGCUAUUGGAUGUCAGUGAAGAGAAAAUAAAUAAAUAAAUAAAUAUUUUUAAAUACCAGACAUUUGAAAAGAAGUUGUAUGUGACUGUGAUAUAAAUAAUAGUGAAUAGUGAAUGAAUGAAUGAAUGAAUGAAUGAAUGAAUGAGUGAAUGAGUGAAUGAUUAAAUAUAUUAUAAUUUGUGGAUAGAUAUGUAGCAUUGAUUAGUAGUUAUACGACUCUUUUAAAAAUAUUUAAAAAAUGAAAAGGACCAAGAGGUGUAUAGGUCUAUAGAGCUCUGCUAAUUAAUUUUAAAUAUUCAAAUUUCAGUAAAUAAUCAUUCAUUUGUAAAGACCACAAAUUCCACAAUAUCUCUCUAUUAGUUUGUGAAGACUGACCCAGAGAAACAUAGUAACAAGUUUCAGAUAGACUUAUAAAGUUUCAGUUUAAUAAAAAUGUAAAACUUCCAAAAUACUGUAGAUCCUGAAAUUAAUGUGAUUAUAAUAUUAAUGAGAGUUUGUGUUAUUCACAUUGAUAAUAUGACACAUUUAUUUCUCUGUUUUGUCCUGCAUUAGUCCAGCAAAUUAUGUGUCACACACUAUUAAAACAACAAAGAUUAAAACAACUGGAGCACAAUGCAAGGCGAAACAGACUAAUUGUCCAAUAAUCCAAAAAUGCCGAUACGGUCCAUCACAUGUGAAUAGCUUUUAGCAAAGUAAACAGACAUGUCUUGUUAGGAAAAUAAUAUUUCAAAAGGAGGCCAAUCGCAUUAAUUUCAUGUCGCAUUUUAGUCUGCCUACCGUCACUUGCAUUAAUUUAGGGACACAUUAAUUUCAGGAUCUACAGUAUCUCUCAAUUAAUUUGUGAAGACUGUCCCUGAGAAUACUUACACUACAUUUCAGAACUAUCCAAUCAAACUCUAGUAGAAGGUAGACUUUCAAAUUUUCAAUGUUAAAUUUCUAUUUAAAAUGUUUCAAUUUAAUAAAAAUUCACAAAUUCAAAAGUCGCUAUUAGUUUGUGAAGACUACCCCAGAGAAUCAUACUGGUAAUACCAAAUUUCAAAACUAUCUGAUCAAAACUUUAGGAGAAGAUAGACUCCACAACCGGUACCAACUGGAAAGAGGAAAUACUGAAGUUAUCAGAGUUAUGUAAUCCUGCGUUCACUCUUUGUACUGAUGGAACGUGACAACCAGUCGACUGGAAAGAGGAAAUACUGAAGUUAUCAGAGUUAUGUAAUCCUGCGUUCACUCUUUGUACUGAUGGAACGUGACCACCAGUCGACUGGAAAGAGGAAAUACUGAAGUUAUCAGAGUUAUGUAAUCCUGCGUUCACUCUUUGUACUGAUGGAACGUGUCCACCAGUCGACUGGAAAGAGGAAAUACUGUAGUUAUCAGAGUUAUGUAAUCCUGCAUUCACUCUUUGUACUGAUGGAACGUGACCACCAGUCGACUGGAAAGAGGAAAUACUGUAGUUAUCAGAGUUAUAUAAUCCUGCGUUCACUCUUUGUACUGAUGGAACGUGACCACCAGUCGACUGGAAAGAAGAAAUACUGAAGUUAUCAGAGUUAUGUAAUCCUGCGUUCACUCUUUGUACUGAUGGAACGUGUCCACCAGUCGACUGGAAAGAGGAAAUACUGUAGUUAUCAGAGUUAUGUAAUCCUGCAUUCACUCUUUGUACUGAUGGAACGUGACCACCAGUCGACUGGAAAGAGGAAAU